CCGGGCUCCGUUGUGGGCUCUGCCGCAGGCUCUUCGGUCGCUGUGACACGACCAGGCACAGGUCUGCCUUGCCAGGACUCCGUAUUCCAGGAAUCUACCUCUCCAGAAGCAGGAAGAAAAAAAUGACCAUGUUCAAGAGCUGCUGUAUAAGGGGGUUCCUGAUUUCAUCUUCUACUUAGGAGGCCGUGACAUUCAAGGACGUGGCGGUGGUCUUCACAGAGGAGGAGCUGGGGCUGCUGGACCCCGCCCAGAGGAAGCUAUACCGAGACGUGAUGCUGGAGAACUUCGGGAACCUGGUCUCUGUGGGUGAGGACAUCAGCCCUCUAUUACUGAAUGUUAGUUCCAGGAGUGGCUUCGGCAUCAGCCAUUUAAACGCGAUGUGGUCCACUUGGUAAGAGAAGAAAAGUUUUGGAUGGUGAAGUUAGCAACCCAAAGAAAAGGCAAUUCAGGAGAAAAAGUCCAACAUGAGAUGGAGACUAUUCCUAAAGCAGAACCACAUGAAGAACUUUCCUGCUGGCAAAUCUGGCAACACAUUGCUAAUGACUUAACCCGGUGUCAAGACUCCAUGAUAAAAAGUUCUCAAUUCUACAAACAACGUGAUUUACCUGGCCAGGUUGGGGCAGGACUGUUUAUAACUCAGACAGGCCAGAGAACUUACCAGGGAAAUGGGUGUAAAAAAUUCUUCAGUCAUACCUCCAACUGUGAUCUUCAACAGUUAAACUCAGGAGAGAAGUCUCAUACAUGUCAUGAGUGUGGGAAAUGCUUCUUUUAUAGCUCAGCACUUCGUAUUCAUCAGAGAGUUCACCUGGGAGAGAAACGGUAUAGAUGUGAUGAAUGUGGUAAGGAAUUCAGUCAGAGCUCACAUCUGCAAACUCAUCAGAAAGUCCACACUAUAGGGAAGCCAUUCAAAUGUGAAGAAUGUGGGAAAGGCUUCAGUCGUAGAUCAGAACUUAGUAAUCAUUGCAGGUUACACUCGGGAGAGAAACUUUAUAAGUGUAAGGGAUGUGGGAAGGCCUUCAUUAAUGCUUGCCAUCUUCAGGACCAUCAGAGAGUCCACACUGGGGAGAAGCCGUUCAAGUGUGAUAUCUGUGGUAAGAGCUUUCGUCGUAGAUCGGCACUUAAUAGUCAUUGUGUAGUCCACACAGGAGAAAAACCGUACAAAUGUGAGGAGUGUGGGAAGUCCUAUACUUGGCGUUCACGUCUUCGUAUCCAUAAGAAAGUUCACAUGGGACAGAAACCACAUAAAUGUGAGGAAUGUGGAAAGAGCUUCUUUUCUAGGACACAUCUUUAUUACCACCGGAGGUUCCACACAGAGGAGAAACCCUAUAAUUGCAAGGAAUGUGGGAAGAGCUUCAGAUGGGUCUCACCUCUUUUGACACAUCAGCGAGUCCACAGUGGAGAAAAACCAUUCAAAUGUGAAGAGUGUGGGAAGGGAUUUGGUCAGAAAUCAUGCCUGCAAGCUCAUCAGAAAGUCCACACCAGAGAAAAACCAUACAAAUGUGAGGAGUGUGGGAAGGGCUACAAGACAAGCUUGGAUCUUGAUGUGCACCAGAGUGUCCAUAUGGGAGAGAACCCAUACACCUGUAGGGCAUGUGGUAAGCACUUCACUAGGACCUCAAAUCUUAAAGUUCAUCAGAGAGUCCACACUGGAGAGAAACCGUACAAAUGUAAUAUGUGUGGUAAGGUCUUCAGUCAGUCUGGACAUCUAAAAUCUCAUCAGAGAGUUCACACAGGGGAGAAACCUUAUAAGUGUAAGAUAUGUGGUAAGCAGUUCAGUUCAAGUUCGUAUGUUAAAAUUCAUCACAGAAUCCAUGCUGGUGAUAAAUUUCAUCCAGUCUCAUAGGAGGGAAACCAUUUGUUUCAGUAACAAUGUUUCUGCCAUAGCUGACUACAUCCCAGUGAUCCCAAGAUCACACAAAUGGUGCAAUGAGGACUUUAGUUAGAACCUUAGCAGUUAUAGUUUUCACUCAAGAAACAGGCUGUUGAAAUAAUCUUUCUUUAGGCACUUAUCAAACUCUAAUGGUGGAUAUUAAAAUUGAUGUCCCCUGAAAUAUAAGCUUUGUGAGGGCAGGGAGUUCAUUUUAUGCUGAAUUUACACAAUCAAUAUUGAGUAGCACUCUGUAUGUGCACUUAGUACUUGCUAAGUGAGUCAAAAGGAAGAGAGAGAAUUAGGGAAGAUGGCAAAGUAGGGGGACCCUAAGCUUUCCUCCUCCCUUAGAUACAGCUAGACAACAAUCACAUCAGCGUAAGUAACCCAGAAAUCGGCCUGAAGACUGGCAUAACAAGCUCAUCAACUAAAGGUAGAGAAGAGGCAAUAUCAAAGAAGGUAGGAAGGGCAAAGGUGCAGUUUGAGAGUGAAACAGACUGUGGCCAUCUGUGGUGGGGACAGAGCUGGUGGUGUGGAGAAGGCAAAAAACAGAUUAUCACGGGGGGAGACCACAUGGGGAAGACAAAUCCCCAUAACAUUUGGCUUUGAAAGUGAGAGGGGCCAAAUUUCAUGAGUUCUUACAACCAGCGGGACUUAAAGCUUGGAUUUUCAAUGUCUGUGGGCUGGGCUCUGGGAGAGCAUGACAACCAACCAGUGGAGGUACAGCCAGGAAUCAGCAGUUUGAAAAAUGCCAGGGGCGGACGGGAGAGAGAAUGUCUUACUCAGAGCAUGGCCUGGAGAGGCAGGGACCCCUCCAGGAACAAAGGAGCUGGUAGGCACCAUUUCCCCCCACAGCCCCCCAGCAUAAACACAUGGCCACCUGCUGGAACCAGCGCGGCGCCAACACUCCUUACCUAACUUGCUUACACGAAGCCCCACACCCCUGUGGUCCAGGGAUCCGCCUUUCCCCAUCACACUUGCUUCAGCCCCGACACUGCACGUCCCCUCCCCUGGGAGAUCAGAGCAAACCCCACGAACACCUCGUCUCCUGACCUGCGUGUUUCAUGGGAUAGCACAUCCAGAGGUGGCAGUGGCAGCAUGCAGACCAACACACAUUAGGAUGUGCCCCACCUAGCUGAGGACCAAACACUGCCCACAACAGGCAGAGAGCCUCCGCAGAUGACUAAAGGAAAAAGAGGCCAGGACGCCACAGCAGGCACAGGCAGCACGCUUAGGAGACACUCGCUGAAGCGACAGUUCCCGAGGAACGGGUGACAAUGCACUGCAGGGCAGUGCAGACCCCUUCGUGAGGCCAUUACCUUCAAGAGCCAAGAGACCUAGCUGACUUUAAUAAUACACAGAGAUAGAGACAAAAUGGGCGGGGAGGGAGUAUUUCCAAAUGAAAGAACAGGACGAAACCACAGCAAGAGACCUAAGCAAAACAGAUGCAAGUAAUAUGCCAGAUAGAGAAUUUAAAGUAAUGGUCAUGAAGAUACUCACUGGACUUGAGAAGAGUGGAGGACAUCAGUGAGAACCUUAGCACAGAGAUUAAAAAGAACCAAUCGGAGAUGAAGAACACAAUAAAACACUUGAUGGAAUAAAUAAGCUAGAUGACAGAGGCAUGAAUUAAUGACCUGGAAGGCAGAGUAAUGGGAAAGUAAUCAACCUGAGCAAAUAAGAGGAAAAAAUUACGCAAAUUGAGGAUAGUCUUAGGGAACUCUGACUCCAUCAAGCAUAAUAACAUUUGCAUUAAAGGGAUCCCAGAAGAAGAAGAGAGACAAAAAAAUUUAUUGGAAGAAAUAAUUGCUGAAAACUUCCUUUUUGUGGGGAAGGAAACAUAGAUCCAGGAGGCACAGAGAGCACCCCAAAAAUCAGCCCAAGAAGGUCCAUACUGAGACAUAGUUCUUAAAAUGGGAGAAAGUUGUGAUAAAAUAUUUUAAUCAAAGAAAAUGUGCAAUAUUUAAAAAUUGUAUCUGGAAAAGGAAUCCAGCAAAAAAAAUUCAGAAACAUAACAAUACAAAAAAUUAAAUAAUUCAGAGAAACAAAUAGGAAUUGAAACACAGAAAUACCCAGUACUGCAUUCCACAGCAUUAUUUUGGUAGUAUCCUAUUGCAGUUGGCUCUUGGUAAACCCUCAGCCUCUAUUCUGUGGUUGGGUUAUUUUUUCGGUCUUGAUUUCAUGUUCCAUUGGUUUAUACAGUAGAAAAUCAACUCUUAUUUUGUGAUUUUUCUCACAUUGCAGACAAACAAUUUUAACUCUAUGACAACGCCACUGCACAUAGCUUAAUUGAAUUUUCUCAACAACGUUAAGGCAAGGGUUCAAAGUAACAUUAGAAGUGUCAGAGUUAGUAAUGAUAAAAAUUUUCUUAAUUUUGAGUUCAUUGAUUUUUAAAUUUCUGCAUUUCUGUGUAAUCUUUUAUAUGAUUGCCUUCUAAUUGUAGCACUUUUUUUUUAAAUCAAAUUUCUCUGGUAGAAGCUAUGCCAAAUUUGAAGGACAUUUAGCUUGUCAGCUUCCCAUAUUCUUCCUUCAUCUCCAUGAAAUAAAUAAUAGAAAAAUUUGGAAUUUGGUGGUUUCAUCAGAUAUAUUACUGGUGCAGAAAUGACAGUUACAUGUUUUUCUUUCUUGGUGACAAUACAUAUCUUUUGAAAAGCAGUAUAUAAUGGAAUGUGUAACAUGCAACUGUGAUCUGGAAAUCAUACUACAGAAAUACAUGAUUAUGAGAUUCAAACAAUGAAAAGAUGAAAACCACAUCAUUAAUGUCACACAGUUUUUAAACUGGAAAUAACAAAUGUUCACCAAUAAGAAUUUGUUUAAAUUUCAUAUGAUCCCAUAAUAACAUGGGGCGUUUGAGGUAAUGUCAAGGACAUGUAAUAUCAGGAGAACAUAAUACAGGCUUUGUGAAAUCAGACCAUAGCCUUCGUAGUAUAAUAAAAUUCAUAACU